AAGCUGCCAGAAAUAUUGGGGUGUUGGGCCAAACUCAAGGAACUCAUCUGGGAGAAGGGAAAGGGGACACGGUCUAGGUCUUCUCCUCACCCUCCAAGAUGGGCUCUGGGCUUACGUACCCAUUUCUCAGAAAAGAGACUGAGGCUGGAAGCCAGAGUGAAGCAGUGAGGGGGUGACAAGUGAAGGCUUGCCUGUUACCAGAAGCAGCCUGAGAUGUUCUCAGAUCUUGAAAAAAAAAAAAACCCUAACUAAUAAUAAACCCAGGUGGUGAGGGUGAGGGUGACCACAGGCAGAGGUCAGGGUUUAGAUUCUGGUGUCUCUGCUUAGGUUGCUUGAAUGGAGGGCGCCCUGGCGUGGGCACCGUGGUUGCUGCUGCUGCUGCAGGAUCCAUGCAGCCUGGGAUUGUCCUGCAACGUGUCCUCGGGAAAUGUGGACUGGAGUAGGGAGUUCAAAAACACAUGCCUGAACUUCAGCGGUCAAAGCCUGAUCCUGCCCCGGAACAAGUCUCUGCAGGCCAUCAGAGUUCGCCUCCUCGACCUGUCCGGUAAUGGCCUUCGAGAGCUCCCAUGGCUCUUCUUUGCCACCCUUCCUCACCUGCAGAUCCUGGAUGUGACACACAACCCCCUGGAACACAUGCCUGAAAUGCUGGCAGCAAACUGCAGCCUUGACCUGAAGGCCGACUGCCGCUGCGUCCUAGCCUCCUGGCACAAGGUCCGGCAGGACCAGAACUGCUCCGACCCACCACUUCUGCAGUGCCUGGAUGCAGGAGCUGGCACCUGGCACAACCUCUCCACCUUCCUGGAGGUCGGUUGCCCACCUGGCCUGUCUUUAAUGACCAUUGGGAUCCUGGCAGCCAGCGGAAGCCUGCUCCUUGGGCUCUUCAUAGCUGGCUCAUUUCUGGUCUGGAGAUUCCGGGCACACCGGGCACCCAGGAGCCAGAGCCUGGGCAAAACAUGGGCUGCUGCAGAUGGUACUAGGUCUGGCUCCAGCCGGCAGCCGAGGUACAGUAGCCGGAGCCACAGCCCUAAGCAACCAGCGGACACCCUGCCCAGGCCCCACACGCCUGACUAUGAGAAUGUAUUCGUGGGCCAGCCACCUGCUGAGUACCAGUGGACCAAACACAGGGCUCACCCUUCAGAGGACAAUGACCUCUACAUGAACUACGAACGCAUCCCCCAGGCCUCCCAGAGCCCCCACCAGGCCUCCCAGCCCAUCUACGGCAACGUGCAGUUCCUGGGCCAGACCCCACUGGCUGAUGAGUACGUGAUCCCUGGGCAUUGAGCCUGCAAUGGCCUGAACUGCAGCCUGCCCUCUUCCAGGGCCAUUCUGGAUCUUUCCCGGCCUCGGUCUUCCAAUCUGAGGAAUGGGGACAGGGAGGAACUGUCUUAGAGGUCCGUCCUCAGCGCCCGCUCUGCUCUUCAGCACCUUUGGCUGCUAGAAAGGAAAGAGGAGAGACCCCAACACAGACACAGGAGGCUCAAAGUUUAAACUAUUGUCACCUUCCUCUCAAUAUGCAGGUGGCGUUCAAUAAACACCGUGCGGCAGAUGAGGAAGCUGCUGGCUGGGGAGUAAAGGUUCCUUUCAGUGGGAACUUCCUGAGUUCUCAGAACUAGAUCGCUGGGACUUCUGAAUUUCUCUCCAGUCUCUUCCCUCUGCCCUUCUCAGGCCUGCUUCCCAGGCGCCUGGCAUCCAGACUCAGCCCCCAUGGCGGCCUAUGCCAACCUCAGACGGAUUUUUGUGACUUAUGAAUCGGGACUGUUCCCCUCCACUGCUCGCACACUCUCCAGGGCUCCCCACUGUCUCUGGAUCUUCAGCCUGGUACUUGAGGACGGCAGGAUCCAGGCCUGCCUACUUCACUGCCCUCUCCCAUCCCCCUGCUUUUGUGGUCUGGGCCUCAUCCCCACCAAGCCCACCUCCCUCCGGAAGCCAUUCUCUUACCCAGGAUGCCACCCCCUUUCUUUCUUUUUUGAAGAUUUUUUUGGUAGUUAUUUCAAUUCAGCCAUCUUUGUGACCACUUAAGAGUUCUUUUUAAAAAUAUUUGAUUGAUUAUGCUA